AUGCCUUCUGAGAAGAGUGCCGAGCACGGCACCCAGCAGGCCACGCUGCCCAUCUACCGUCGCAAGGGCCGCUCCCUCGGCAUCGCCUUCGACCACGUCAGCGUCCACGGCUUAGACGCCAGCCGCAGCACCGUCCUCGACCUGCCCGAGCUCUUCUACCGCACCGCACAAGCGCCGAUCGCCCUCCUCCGCGGUCUCGCCGGCAACCGCAGACGGCCGACGCGCCGCAUUCUACAUGAAGUCUCCGGCGUCGUCUUCCCGGGCGAGACGCUGCUCGUGCUGGGCCGGCCCGGGUCCGGCUGCUCCACGACGCUGCGGGUGCUGGGCAACAACCGCGAGCCCUUCGCGGACGUCGAGGGCGAAGUGCGAUAUGCGAGCAUCGAUGCGGAUGUCGUGGCACAGCGGUACGGUGCUGAGGUCGUGUAUUGCGGUGAGGAUGACUUGCAUUACCCCAACUUGGCUGUCGGCCACACGGCGCGGUUCGGGCUGCACCUUCGCGGGGGCAAACACCAGGAAAACAGCGGGGAGGAAGAAGAGCAUGGGAAAACAGGCUUCGUGGAGAGCAUGGCGGAAAAGCUGCUACAUUCGCUGGGCAUCGGACAUACUGCCGGUACGAUCGUGGGAGACUCUUUCGUGCGAGGCGUCUCCGGUGGAGAGAGGCGCAGGGUCUCCCUAGCUGAGGUCCUGGCGUCGAAUCCGGCAGUGGCGUGCUGGGACAAUCCCAUCCGCGGACUGGACAGCUCGGCGGCGCUGAAGUUUCUGCGCAUGCUGAAGGACCUGUCGAGGACGACUGGCAUGGCGAAUGUGGCGACGCUGUAUCAAGCGUCGGAGAGCAUGUAUGCCGAGUGCUUUGAUCGGGUCAUGGUGCUCUACGAGGGGAGGAUGAUCUUCUCCGGCCGCGCCGAGGAUGCGAAGCAGUACUUCGUGGACUUGGGUUUCUUCUGCCACAGCAGACAGACAAUAGCUGAGUUCUUGACGGCGGUGACGUCUCCGGUUGAGCGCGUGGUGCGUGAGGAUCAUCAGGGACCAGUCCCACUUGACCCAGAUUCCAUGGCCAAAGCAUUCAGAGAGUCGACGCACUACGAGAAGUUGAAGGCAGAAAUGGCUGUGUACGACUCCAGUAUUUCGUCGGAUCCUUCCUACGUCAAGGCUUUCAUCGAGGAACACGCACGCCUGAGAGCAAAAGGAGCCAUUCCCGGAGCACGACAAGCAGCUACCAUAUGGCACCAAACACUACACGUUACCCGGCGGCACUUCCACCUCGUCUGGAACGACCGGCAAUCCUACCUCAUCGCCCUCUUCCUCGCCCUCGUCACGGCCGUCGUCAACGGCUCCGCCUUCUACAUGUCGCCCAAGACCAGCACGGGCUCCUUCAUGAAAGGCGGCGGCAUCUUCUUCGUGCUCAUCUACUUCUUCCUCGCCGCCAUGCCGCACGUCACCUCGACCGUCUCCAGCCGGCACAUCCUCGCCAAACAGCACCGCCUCGGCUUCCUGCACCCAGCCGCCUACGUGCUCGGCCAGACGCUCGGCGACAUCCCCCUGGCCGUCACCGAAGUCCUCGUCUUCUCGCUGCCGUACUACUUCAUGCUCGGCCUCACGCCCGGCGCGGGGGCCUUCUUCACCUUCUUCCUCAUCGUCGCCGCCUUCUACUGCACCGUGCUGGCCCUGUUUCGCGCGCUCGGCGCGUGGGCCCCCAACGGCAGCACCGCCAUGCUUGCCGCCGGCGCCGCCAUUCCCGUCUGCCUGCUCUACUCGGGCUACGCCCCGCCGCCGCCGACGCAGCUGCGUUGGGGCGCCUGGCUGCGCCGCGUCUCGCCCAGCCCGUUCGCGCUCGAGGCGCUGCUGGCGAAUGAGUUUGGCCGCAUCGCGCUGGGGUGCACGGCGGAGCAGCUUGUGCCGAGCGGGCCCGGGUACGGGGGUGGUGGCGAUGGUAGCCGCUACCAGGGGUGCCCGUUGCCCGGGAUGCAGAAGGGCGAGACGACCGUAGGUGGGGAGGCGUAUUUGCGGGCGUACUUUGCGUUCGAGAAGGACCACUUGUGGCGGAACUUUGGCAUCGUCGUCGCUAUGUGGGCCAUCUAUGUCGUUUUGGCUGCCGUCGGGCUCGCGGCUACGGUGAGGCUGGCUGGGAAGGAGGGCGGCGUUGAGUUCAAGCGCGGGGCGAAGACGUCGUCGAGUGAUGGCGACGAGAAGCCGGUGCCGAGGGGCGACGAUGGUGCGGAGUUUGAUAUGGAGAAGCACGCCGGUAAAGCUGGUGGUACUGCAACACCCCAGAAACUUCAGCAAUCGGAGUCUCCGUCAAUUUCGAGCCGUGGUUCGCCGCCGGACUCGGAGUGCGGGAAGGACGAGAGCAGCAGCGAUGACGACGAGCAGCAGGGUGGAGACUCCAGCGGUGUGGCUUCCUCCGCAGCCACCUUUACGUUCAAGGAUGUCACGUACACGAUCAAUGUGAACGGGAAAGAGAAGAGACUCCUCAACAGCGUGAGCGGCUUCGUCAAGCCAGGCCAACUCACCGCGCUGAUGGGCGCGUCUGGAGCGGGGAAGACGACGCUGCUCGAUACCUUGGCGCAGCGCAAGACAGAAGGCACGGUCGAGGGUGAGGUCUUGCUGAACGGUAGGCCCCUGACCGGUGCCUUCGGUCGCUCGUGUGGCUUCUGCAUGCAGCAGGACGUCCACGAGCCGCACACAACGGUCAGAGAAGCGCUGCAGUUCUCCGCCAUCAUGAGGCAGCCCGCGGAGGUGCCCGAGUCAGAGAAGCUGGCGUAUGUGGAGAACAUCAUUGAGCUGCUUGAGCUCUCCCCGAUUGCUGAUGCCAUCAUCGGGAAGCCUGGCGAAGCGGGCCUGGGGGUGGAAGAGCGCAAGCGCGUUACGAUUGGAGUUGAGUUGGCGGCAAGGCCGUCUGCGCUUCUUUUCCUUGAUGAGCCGACCUCUGGUCUGGAUUCUCAGGCUGCCUUCUCGAUCGUUCGGUUCCUGCAGAAGAUCGCAGCGCAGGGUAUCCCUGUGCUUUGCACGAUUCAUCAGCCUUCGGGGAUCCUUUUCGACAUGUUUGACCACGUCCUACUCCUCGCACCGGGUGGCAAGACUCUGUAUUUUGGAGAGACUGGCCGCGAUUGCCGGACGGUAGUUAACUACUUUGCUCGAUACGGUGCCGUCAUGGGCGACAACGAGAAUCCUGCCGAAUUCAUCCUGAACACAGCGACGUCCAACCAAGACCCGGAAAAGGAUUGGGCCCGAACUUGGUCUGAGUCUCCAGAGGCUCAAUCGCUCCAGGCUAAGAUCGCCGAGCUGAAGAGCACUUCAUGGAAGGCGGAAGACGACGACGCCAACAGCAACGCCGCCUUGCACCGCGCCUUCGCCCUACCGCUCAAGGACCAGAUCAUCAAACUCACCAAGCGCCACUGGGUAUGCGUAUGGCGCGACGGUCUGUACAACUUCAGCAAGCUCUUCAAGUGCCUCUUCGUCGAACUCUUCAUCGCCUUCAGCUUCUUCCACUCGCCCUCCUCACUGCAAGGCACGCAAAACCGCGUCAUCUUCUUCCUCAUCUUCUCGUGGCUCGUGCCGGCCAUCAUGCCCGACAUCCAAGCCUCGUGGUUCGACGCGCUGACGCUGUACCGCGCGCGCGAGAAGAACGGCAUCUACAGCCAGCCGGCGCUGAUCGCGUCGCUGGUGCUCGUCGAGCUGCCGUGGCAGAGCUUCAGCCUGUCGCUCGUCUUCCUGUGCGUCUACUGGACCCUCGGCUACCCGGCGACGGCGGCGCAGACGGGCUACGAGUUUUUGUUCUUCGUGCUGUACGGCGUCUUCGGCACCGGCUUCGCCCAGUGCAUCGCCGCCCUAUUCCCUUCCGAGCGCCUCGCCGGAUACGCGAACUCGCUGUCUUGGGUCGUGCUGACGGCUUUCACUGGCGCGGCCAUCCCGCACGCCCUUUUUAAUGAGUUUUAUCGGCCCUGGAUGUUUUGGGCAGAUCCGUUGAGGUAUCUUAUCGGUGGUAGUGCGGCGAACGUGCUGCAUGGUACUGAGGUGAGGUGCGUUGAGGGCGAUUUGACGAGGUUUGAUCCCCCGCCGGGGCAGACCUGCGGGGCGUAUAUGGAGCCGUAUUUGCGGCGGAGUCCGGGGUAUCUGGCGAAUCCAGAGGCGAGGGCGGAUUGUGCGUACUGCGGGUAUGCGACAGGAGACGAGUAUGCGGUGUCGUUGGAUUUCUACUGGGAUAAGAGGUGGAGAGAUCUGGGCAUAUUUGUGGUGUUCUGUGUGAGUAAUAUUGUAAUCGUGUUUGCUGUGCCGUGGUUGAGGGAGAAGGGGUUGCGGGGUUUGUGGAGGCGCAAGUAG